AUGACUCUGCACAUAAAACAGUUUCUACUGAUUGCGGUUGUUGCUGUUCUUUAUACAAAAGCAUCAACUCAACCAAUGUCACUACCAAACUGCCCAUCAAAGUGUGGUUCUGUCACCAUUCCCUACCCAUUUGGAACCACCAAAGAUUGUUCCCUAGACAACACCUUUCUCAUCAAUUGCAGCCAAACAUCACUCCUACCAUUCUUCCAAGCAAAUAAUUCUGUUUAUAAUUAUAAUAUAAGUGUUCUAAACAUCUCAUUGAAUGGUGAGCUGCGUGUUGCAUGGCCAAUAGCCAGUGAUUGCUACAAUGAAAAGGGUAAACCCGAGAACGAAAUAAAUCAAGAAAUCAGCCUGACAUAUUUUCACAUCUCGCCAACUCGAAACAAGUUUAUAGCAGUUGGUUGUGACAUAUUCGGAGCAUUGGACGCGUUUGAUUCUUGGGGAAACCACUAUGCCACAGGAUGUGUGGCUUACUGCAACAAGCCUAAUGAUACAGAGGCCAAUCAAUCUUGUUCAGGCAUUGGCUGUUGCGAGAUUUCAAUACCCCAAGGUCAUCAUCAGUUGUUAACAAAAGUAGUAUAUAUUGCUAAUACCAUACUUGACAAUAAUCACUCAUCAGUACAUGACUUCAAUCCUUGUGGUUAUGCUUUUUUGGUUGAAAAGGGAUACUACAGCUUUAAACCCACAGACCUCAGUUUGAAGAAGAAGGAGUUUCCUGUGGUGUUGAAUUGGGCACUGGGGAACCAAACAUGCCAGCAGUCUAAGAAGAAUCAUUCAAGUUAUGCAUGUAAUGCAAACAGUACAUGUCACAAUGUAGGAAAAUCUGAUGGUGGUUACAUUUGUAGAUGCUUUAACGGAUAUCGGGGAAAUCCAUACCUCCAUCAUGAUGGUUGUCAAGAUAUUAAUGAAUGCAUGGAGCCAAAUGACUGUGUUAAGAAGGCAACAUGUGUCAAUCUUCUUGGAAGCUACCAGUGUUUAUGCCCGGCAGGAUCUGAGGGAGACGGGAAAAAGAAAGGAACAAGAUGCACUAAAAAAUUGAGUACCAAACAAAGGAAAGAUAUCAUAUUGAUCAUCGCAUUGAGUGUCAGCUUAAGCCUCGUAGCACUACUGGUUGGAAGUUUUUAUGCUUAUUUUGCAUUGAAGAAAAGAAAGCUCAUUAAACUUAAAGAACAAUUUUUUCAACAAAACGGUGGCUUACUGUUACAACAACAGAUAGGCAGGCAUGGAGGAUCAACUGAAACAGCUAAAGUCUUCACUCUUGGGGAGCUAAAUGAAGCUACCAACAACUUUGAUGAAGGAAAGAUCCUAGGACAAGGAGGUCAGGGAACAGUUUACAAAGGAGUAUUACAAGAUAAAAGAAUUGUAGCAAUAAAAAAAUCCAAAAUCAAUGACCCAGACCAGAUUGAACCGUUCAUCAAUGAAGUGGUCAUUCUUUCCCAAAUCAACCAUAGAAAUGUGGUAAAGCUUUUUGGUUGUUGUUUAGAGACAGAAGUUCCCUUGCUUGUUUAUGAAUUCAUUCCCAAUGGCACUGUUCAUAAACAUUUGCAUGAUAAAAACCAAUCUAUAAAACUAACAUGGAAAACAAGAUUAAGAAUAGCAAAAGAAACCGCUGGUGUCCUGGCAUACUUACAUUCCGCCGCUUCUACACCUAUCAUACAUAGAGACGUGAAAUCUACAAAUAUACUCCUAGAUAGCAAUCUCACUGCAAAGGUUUCUGACUUUGGAGCUUCAAGGAUUGUACCUCUUGAUCAUAGUCAGAUAAACACUCUAGUGCAGGGAACAUUGGGGUAUCUUGAUCCAGAAUACCUCCUCACAAGCCAGUUAACAGAGAAGAGUGACGUUUAUAGUUUUGGGGUUGUCCUAGCAGAGCUACUAACAGGAAUGAAGGCAUUAUCUUCUGAUAGGCUGGAGGUUGAUAGAAACCUUGCUGCAUACUUUGGUUCUUCGAUGAAAGCGGGUCGGUUACUUCAUAUUUUGGACAAAAGUAUAGACAUGGAAAAUAUUGAGCAACUAAAAGAGGUUGCCCAAAUUGCAGAACGAUGUUUAAGGGUGAAAGGUGAGGACAGACCCACCAUGAAAGAAGUGGCAAUGGAACUAGAGGGAAUAUUAGUUAUUGAAGAGCAUCGUAUGGGAAGUGACAAUUUGUCAUCAGAAGAGACUGAGAACUUGCUCAAAAAUGUUGAAGAUGGCAUUAGUGGAAGUGGCAUUAAUUCUUCUGAUCCGUAUAGCUUAAACCAGAUGUCAAUGUCAACGUUUGGCGGAAGAUGAUUAGCUGAUAUUAAUACUCAUGAUUAGAUGUUAAUCUAUCUUCAAUUCUUCAUUAUAAUGGUGUUGCAGUAUGUUAUAUUUCAUCUAUGUAUGGCUUUACAAUUGAGUCUGCUUAUUUAUGCUUGAGUAGGUUUCUCCAAUUACAUUGCUAAAUGAAUUUUCACUAUGAAAACAAUA